AGUCUCAGCUUCAGGCGCUCUUUUGGCCUGCGGCGCGGCCGCCAUGGCUCGGAGCGCUCUGCGGUAUGAGGCGCUGCGCGGCCCGGUGCAGAUCGGCCCUGGGGUUCACGGAGGUGAACGCCGCGUGGCGCCAGGUUUUGCACGACAGCCACCUGCGCACGGUCAGCCAGUGGCGCUCGCUGGGCGACGAGCAGAUCGGAGUGCACCUGGCUGGUGUUGCGGCGCUUGAGCCCUGGUUGGAGGGCUGGGUAGCUUCCUGGAGCAUGCCCUCAAUGUGGUCAACAUGCGCCCCACGAGUCGCUUGAGGAAGCCACAGAGAAUGUACGCAAGGUGGCGAGUGGUCGCUCGUGCAUGCCCGCUUGUGGCCUCACCGAUCGCAGAGAGGGUCAUCUGCGAGGUCCGCGCCGCGCUCGCGCGGCUGCUGGCCACGAACCCGGGCUCCCUGCCGGAGGCGGCCCAGGGGCGCAUCACGUCCAUGGCGCAGGCGCUGGCGCUGCAAGGCCGUAUGAGCGAGCAUGCGUACGUGUUCACGAAGGACAGAACGUCGUGGUGUCCGCAGAGCAUGCGCGCGGGUGACAUGGAGAGAGGCGGAGGACAAGGAAGAGGAGAGUGAC